CUUCCGCGGGAGCAAACAAUCCCGCUGACUGCAGCACGGUCAGCAUGGUCUCGCUUCGUCUUGCCUGCCUCCCCCGUUGGCCAAUCCUCUCAUCUUCGCUUGGACUUGUCUCGUUUCGUUCCGCCCAUGCCGACGAGGGCAAGAGAAGUAAAAAGUGAUAUAUCGUGCAGCAUCCCACGGCUGCAGCCCGCUCUCAUGCGAGCAGCCGACCACUCACAGACCCUCGGGACCAUUUUGCUUUUUGCCGUCAUAAAUUCUCUCCCUCGGGCAUCGACGCAUGCGAUCAAUCGGCAAUGUGCCAAUGCCACAAUUUCGGCCAGUUGACACGAGGCUCUGAAUCGGCUAGCGACAUGCUGGAGUGCUUACCGGAGCCCUUGAUUGGAGUCCACAUUGCUUUUCUGCAUAAGCAGAAUGGCGAUCUCUUCGGGAGGCAUGCAGGGAGGGGCAAGCCAUCGAGGCUGUGGGAGACACUUACGCACGCUAAGAAAAAGAUGGUGGUGUGUCUCCCAAGUUCCCGGUCAGGCGGGGGUGCCUUUUUUGCCUUUUUCCUUUCCAACACCCUCAACAGCAGCACCAGCUGUAUAGACGAGGUUAGCCCUACCAACAGCCCUCCAGAGUCCAAAGUGUGUUGUGCGUUGGAUGUGACGACGAAGAAGAAAACACUUUGCCCUUGGCAUGUUGGCUGGAGAGGGAUUGGCCCGCGCGGGGAGAUGCAAGACAACCCUGUCUCGGUGUGGUCGAGCUGGCUGACCGCUCCCCCUUUGGUCCGAUCGUUUGGUUGAGUCUCUUGUACCGGGAAGAAGUCGUUCCGUAUAUAUGUCCAAAGGCCUGCUGACGAGCGAGCGGCCUAAGUUCACUCUUUUC